AUGCAGUCUGUUAAUCGUCAGAUUCACGAGCUGCCAAUCGGGGAGCAAUUCUUCCCACAACAGACGCAGCAGCAUCAACACCCCCCUGGAAUAGGUCCACAAAUAUUUUCUCCUCAACUCCUACAGGCUCGCCUACAGCAACAGCAAGGCGGCCUUGUACAAGACGUUCACGGCAUAGAAAAGAACCAAAACUUGCAGAAUGUUUAUUUACUGAAACAAAAGCUUGAAGCGGCCAACGCUGCAUUUGGGCAACAACAAGUUCCGCAGCGUCAAAGCCAGACACAACAAAUGCUCAAUAAUGGCAGCCAAAAUGCAACCUCAGCGGCUCUGGGCAGUCUCGCUGGCCUUCCUCCUGGUGUUGGCAUGGUGCAACAUGGUACAUCUGGAAUGGGUCCUCCCUCAGGUGCUAUCCACCCACAGCUUGCAAUGGGGUCUUUCUCCCUUCCUCCACCUACCUAUUUUGUAGUGCGCGAGGUGUGGAGUAACAACCUCCAUGCCGAAUUCAUGAGCAUAAGAAAGCUCGUAGACCAAUACAACUAUGUUUCAAUCAGCACGGAGUUUGUUGGUACCAUAGCCAGACCUAUGGGUAAUUUUCGGUCGAAAAAUGAUUACCACUACCAAACAAUGAGGGCAAACGUUGACUUGCUCAAUCCGGUGCAAAUAGGAAUCUCUUUGAGCGAUGCAAACGGAAAUAAACCGGAGAAUAAACAUUCCACUUGGCAAUUUAACUUCCAUUUUGAUGUUACAAAGGAGAUGGUGUCCGCAGAAUCAUUAGAACUGCUGAAAAAAUCAGGAAUAAACUUUGAGCGACAUCAAAACUUUGGAGUCUUGGCUUUCGAAUUCGCCCAGCUCUUAAUUGACUCAGGCCUAAUAUCGGAUAAUGUUACUUGGGUAAGUUACCAUGCUGCCUACGACUUCGGGUUUCUUGUUAACAUGCUCAUGAAUAAUUCAAUGCCAAACAACAAGGAGGAUUAUGUAUGGUGGGUUCAACAAUUCGUGCCAAACUUCUAUGAUCUCAACUUAAUCAAUAAGUUUUCUCAACAACACCCCAGUCAGCUGCAACAACAGCAUCAACCUCAAUUCACUCUAGAGACUAUGGCGGAUGAAUUGGGAAUUCCGCGCUUCUCCCUCUUUUCUUCGACAGCAGGUCAAAGUCUACUUGCUCUACUCACCUUUACUACUCUUCUAAAUCUACCUCUUCCUCAACCACAAUUGGGGCCCGACUUAACUCGCUAUAAAAACAUGAUCUACGGGAUAACCAAUGAGUAA